AUAGUGUCCUACUUUCUUUUCCACACCUGACGAUUCAGCCAAGAAGCCAACCAUCCACAAGACUAAUUCCUCUACUAUCGAUCAGCACAUGAUCCAGCAAAACAUGAGGAUUCCCCUAACGCUGCUCCUUCCUCUCGCCCUCCUCCUUGUGCUGGCAGUGACACCAGGUGAGGCCUCUUUUCGUAGUUGUACAUCUCAAAUCAUCUCGCCGUUUGGGACAUCGUGUAAUCGCGCGGCUUGUCAGUUCCAGUGCCGCAUAGGGUUCACCCAGAUCCCGUGUGACAAUGGUGCCACCGACUGCACCUGGACUGGGGAGUGCGUCGGUGCGGGGUGCAACUUCACCUUCUGCGCAACGUUCCCACAGACCCCUGCACCCGUCUUGAUUCCAGAAUUAGAUCAGAGUACUGGUAAUUAACUAGCCA